AGAAAAAAAAUUUAUAAGGAAAGAAAGCAGCCCCGCCGGUAGUCACGUGAUUUAAUAAUCUCCUCGUGUAGUAUAUUGCGCUGCAUGUGGAGCGGGUCUCCGUCAGCCACGUUCAACGAGUUUUUGAUCUCUCUUGUACGGUCAGGUGAAUUCAAACGGCUUAUUUACCGAAGUAGAAGGAAGCUUUGGAGCAUUGAAGAUGAGUGGAUACUUCGUUCAUGGUGGAACACAAUAUGCCUACAGUCAACAACCAGCUCAGCAAACUGCAGCUGCUCAGACAGCAAGUUAUCAACAGCCAGCUCAGACCACCCAAUUUUAUCAAAGUACAACAUAUCCUGCUGCACAGCCACAACAGACAACUAGAACUGCUUUAGCUGCUAACAAACCAGCAGUUGCAACUGGCUCAAUCUAUGGCACAGGGUAUAGUUCACAAACACUUGGUCAAACUGCUGCAUAUUCUAAUCAACACGCUGCUGCCACAACACAGUCAUAUGCAUAUGAGUCAAAUUCCUACGGUCGUCAAACGUCAGCUGGAGCAAAUUCAUAUGGAAGAACGAAUUAUGGCACUUCGGCUGCCAAUAGUGGAUAUGGAAGCACCGGAUAUGGUGCUGCGAAGGCAGAAGACAAAUAUACCGGUGGGAAUACUUUUACAGGAUACAGUAAGCCGGCACCAAGUGCUGCAAGUUAUAGUUUGGGAUUAACUGGAAACUCCCUCAGCUCUGGAGGCAAUAGCUCUUAUUUCACACAACCCUCACAACAACCCAGCUACAGUACAUCCUAUCCUGCUAUUUCAACAUACAACAAGCCAGAAGAGGCUUCAUCUUCACAAUACUCGUAUGAAAAAGCCCUCUAUGUUGCGGCAAACCAAUACUACUUGAACAAGAAGAAUGAAGCUUCAAACAGAGGGGGAGCAGGAAGGGGUGGUGGUGGUGGCCGAGGGAGGGGUCGUGGCGGCAGAGGAAGCUUUGGUGGCAGUGGAGGUGGCCAAACUUCGACUGGCCCAAAAAUCAUCAAAGCUACUGAGGUGAAAGCUUAUCUUUAUGCUUGGUGUGGACAAAGAAGAUUGAAGCCUGAAUACACCAUAGAACCCUGUGGAAUGCCUCCUAGGAUGAAAUUUGUUUGUACACUCAAAAUCUCUGGACUAGAAUAUAUUGCAAAAGUGACAGCUGCAAGUAAGAAAGAUUCACAAUCGAAGGCUGCGUGGGAUUUCUGUGAACAUCUUGUCAAGACUGGUUAUAUGAAGGAGUCUGAAUUACCCCAGAAACCAGUUGACCCUGCACCAAAGGCACCUAAAGCAGAAUCGGAAGCUGUGUCAGAAACACCGGAACAGGUUGAGGAAAACGGGGGAUGGACUUUGGAGAACUGCAGACAACGUUUGAAUCAAUUCACCCAACGUUGGAGAAUUCCAUCAGAGUUUAAACAUGAAACACACGGACCAGAACAUGCUAGAAGCUUUGCAGCUGAAUUGUCACUGAGAGUUAAAUGGCUGGAUAAAGAAUUCACUGCCAAGGAACGGGGAAGUAACAAGAAACAGGCAACAGCUGUCUGUGCACUGGCAAUGUUGAGACAAUUGUACAAAGAAGGUCUCGUCGAAAAACAAGGUGACCCGAUAAAACAUCCUCGGAGGGGAGGAGAAAAGAAAGAGGCAACUAAAAGAAAAGCUGAUGAGGAGUCUAAUGGAUCAGACGACAUUGAUGAGUUUGGGAACUGGAAGUUAGACGAUAGCAGACAACGCUUGCAUAUAUAUUGUCAGUCCACAAAUCAACCUCUCGAUAUCAAGUACACACCUGAUGAUAAUACCCCACCCAAGAUGUUCACUGCCUCGGUUUCCAUCAAUGUGUCUGUCGACAGUGAGGACAAGACAUUAGAUGCUUCAUACACUUGUGCUGGAAAGAAAAUAGCAGCCCAACACGUUGCGCAACAAAUUAUUAAACAGUUAUACGAUCUGUCACUAGUGGAGCCUAAUCUUGGAGUUCAACAAUCCAAAAAGAAGAAUCCAAGACCUAGAGGCCAUGGUGAAGUGUUCGGAGCAAUGGAUUCUCUUGGAUUUGGUGGACCUAUGUUUGGACCAGGGCCGAUGUUUGGACCAUUUGGUGGGCCUACACCUCCGAUGCAACGUAAAACACCUUAUGAAGAUGCAAUUAUUUUUGAAAAACACAAACGAAUUUAUCCCACGGAAUUGGAACUCAGAUUGAUUGAAGACACUGUUCGAACGAUUGAAAAAUCAUUGAAGCAGGUUUCAGAUGAACUGUCCGAUGCCAUGGCUGCUGACGGAAAGAAACCAAUCAAACAAGAAGUAAAGCAGGAACCGGAUGAAAAGGAAACCGAUGAAAAUAGUGACAAAGAAGAUAAAAGAAUGCUUCAAGGUGUUAUGAGGGUUGGAUCGCUUGCUAAAGGAUUGUUGUUAGGUGGAGAUGUCUCGGCUCAGCUGGUCCUGCUUAGCGUGAAUGUACCGACUACCGGAAUGCUAACAAAAAUUGGGUCCAUAUUGAGCAGAGUUCUAGAGGAGGGAGGCCAGAAAUAUUUGGUUGAAAUCCGACUUCAAGAAUGUAUGAUCACUAUUAUUUCUCCACCUGAGAUGAAUGAUAAAGAUGAGCCAGUCAGAUGCACUGUCAGGGUUUAUCUUACUUCACCCUUGAUGCGAACUCUUGAACCAACCACUGGGCCUGCGGACAUGCUAGACAGGGACAAAUGCCUCCAGUCCUUGGCUGAACUUCGACAUGCCAAGUGGUUCCAGGCUUGUGCAAAAGGCAUUCCAUCGUGUGUCAUCUUGAUUAGAAUCUUCAAGGAUAUGAAGAGAAGAAAUUCGACAUGGAAUCCACUAUCCGACUGGGCUCUGGAGUUGGUCAUUGAGAAAGCCCUCCGCACUUCGUUGUUCGGACAACUGACUGUGGGAGAAGGACUGCGACGUGUACUAAGCUGUUUAUCAUCUGGAAUAUUGCUUGCUGACAGUGGUGGCCUUUACGACCCGUGUGAAAAGACACCAACAGAUGUGAUUCAGUCUAUGACACUGCAAGAACGAGAAGACGUCACCGAAUCUGCUCAUCAUGCCCUGAGAAUGCUUGUGUUCCGCCAGACUCAUAAGAUAUUGGGAAUUGAACCCUUGCCACAAAGAGUCCGAAGGAGCACAGAUGGGGAUUCAACUAUGGAAACUAUUUAAAGAAAGACAAUUUCAGCAUGUGGAACUUUUACCCUAAUAUUGUGUUGGGUCCUCCAAGAAUGCAUUUCCAUAAGAACCAUAACCAUGAAGUUGUGGAUUAUAUUAUUGUUUUUACUUCAUUUUUUAUUUUGUUUGUGCACCUUUGUCCAUUUUCUUUAUCAGCCAUCAUGGCAGAUUUCAUUUUGUUCUAAUCUGUGAUCUGUAACUAUGGUGGAAGAUUCAGGCCAUUGACCAAUCACAUGAUCUUGUCACACUAUAGUCUGUGUCCGAUAUUUGACUUGUCACUUGCUUGCCAUCUAACACAUCUGCGGAAAUGAAUGACUUCUUUUUUGAUAUAAAAACGGGCAUAACUUGAACACUUUGCUGCGCGCUUUCAAUUUGUGUGAUCAUUAUGUGGUCCCUGGCUUGUUUCUAAUAUGCUACACAUGGAUAUUUAGGACUCAUUCAUUCCUUUCAUUCAAUGAAAAUCUGCUUCACGGGCA